AAUCUUGUUGUUUACUGUUGCCAGGCAACACAAGCGUUGCUACGGUGCCAGCCCUUUGACCCUGCCACCCAGGGAGAUGUAUCCAGAGCAGACUGACUGAUCCAGCUCACACAACAUGCCGUCGGGAGACAGCAGCCUCAUCCCCUCCUACAAUGGACUGAGAGAUGACAACCUCGCUCACUUCUUCCACAGGAGGAGAAUACGCAGACAUCUCAGGAAAGCUGGCCUGGUAACCCACUCAGGUGAAAUUGUCUCAGAGAAGGUCUAUCGACUCAACAUCGCCAAGCAGGAACACAUGGACCAAACCAGGCAGCUUCUGGUCACCGCAAUCAACGAGAAGUAUCACAACACAGAGAGAAGCUCCCAUAGAAUCAGGGACACAGCAGAGAGAAGGCUGGACCAGGAUCAACCACAGCGGGGAGGAACCACGGGGUACAGAGCCCAGCACUCCACCCCCAGCUCCGGCAGAAGGAAGAAGGAUGCAGUCCACAGCAGGACGGAGAGGAUCAAGCGAUAUCUGUCAGGGCUGGACAAGAAAACCAUCGAGAACUUGACCGGAUUAAGUCUUGGAAGUGGAGUCACCCCUUGCGGCUUACUUGUUAUUGACCUGUCUCCCCGCCCCCCGGACACAGCUGCCGAGAGGUGUGCACCAAUCAGACAAAAGGGGAGGGCCCCCGAGAAGGGAAGCCAGCCCAGAUCUAAAGAGUCGACGCAGAAAGUCAAGUUCUUGCAGGGCUCCCUGAAAGGUGAGACAGGCAGCGGGGCAGAGUCUCCGGUGGUGACCCUCAUCUACCUUGGGAAGCAGGUGAGCUUGCCCUGUGAACGCCAGGACCCCCGAGACGAGGUGGCUGUCUACCAGCAGCACUGUGGUGGGGAGAACCUCUGUGUCUUCAAGGGCAAGCUACUGGAGCAAGGCAAGUGCGGAGAGCAUGACCUUCUUUAUUAUUAUUGUUAGUAUUUAUUUAUUUAGCAGAUGCCUUUAUCCAAGGUGUUACAGGGCAGUACAGGGUUACAAUGCAAGAUUAAUGUUUAAAUACAGUAAUUUACAGUAAGUGCAAAUAAUACAAAAUAAAAUAGGAUGCAACAAGUUAGGAUUACUACAAUGUUAUAUCUACAGUGACAUAUUAGUAGUGCAAUAGUGUAAGGAUAGUGCAUUAGCUGAGGAUCCAGUAACGUGGUGUGUAGGUCAGGUAAGUCCCAGUACAAGAGACUGAGCUAUCCGUGGAGCUUCAAGUAUCAUUUGAAAGGUUUUUUCUUUACAUUUCCUAUUACCGGUUACCAAUGUAUGGUGCUUCCAGUCAUUAUUCUGAGUGGCUCUAGGUUCUGUUGCCCCAAUACUGAGGGUUCGUUUUUCUUUAAAUCUGUUUUUACCUGGUUUUGAGCUGCUUGGAGCUUGUCUGGAGAAUCCUAAGUGCCGGGACUGAACAGCCUUCCACAUUCCAUUCAACCCAUGUGACUAUUCGACUCUGCUAACCCUGCCCACUCGACAUUUAUAUGUACUGAGAGAAGGUGGGGCAAGUUGAAAGGUCACAUUAUCCCGGACAAAGGUGGUUGACUAGAGCUGGAUUUACCUUCUUUGUUCUUGGUAUUAUUAUUAUUAUUAUUAGCAGUAGUAGUAGUGGUGGUAUGGUUAUUGCUCUUGCUUGUAUGAUUAUGAUUAUGAUUAUGAUUAACCGCGCGCUGUGUCUCUGUUGCAGAGCGCUUUUGGAUUCACUCCCAUCGUAGCCCUGGCUUUGGGUUCAGUCUGCGCUUCUCUCUGGACGGGGUGGUGGUGCAGCGUCUGAGCGCAUGCUGUGAGUCCCGGCACCGGCACGGCCGGCGGCUCGGGGGCCGGACCGGACACUUCGGGGUGGUCAGCGUGCACGGGGCGUCCCCCUGUCCCAGGUGUCAGAUGGCAAUGAAACUGGAGAAGAAAUCAGAACCACAGCCACCCAAGACCACAGAAGACCGCAUGGCUCCACGAACCACGUUGUAAUUAAGAGUAUCACAAUAUACGCGAAGAUGAAACAAGAUUUGAAAAAAUAAAAAUGUUUGUCCUUGUCGUACACUGAAGUCCGUUUGCCCUGCCGCUUGUCAUUUCAAAUACCCUUUCUUGUGCAACAUCUCACACUAUAUAUAUAUAUAUAUACAGCAUCAAAAGCACCAAAAAUGGACUGCACAGUAAAUUGAUGGAUGGCAUGUUACGUAUUGCUUUUCUGAUUGAAAAACAUGUUGAUUGUGGUUGAUAGUAGCCUGUCGCUUUGAGACUAAUUACUUCAAUGCUAUGUAGUUAAGUAAGAUAAUUCGUGUUAAUUAUGUAAUUGUCAUUAAAUACUGUUAUUUUCAUGUA